AUGUUGUCUAAAAUCUAACAAAUGGCUUUCUCAUCAUUAAGAAAACUCCCCAAAAACCAAAAUCAAGCUUAAUUAUUAGGUGAAUACGCCAUCGAAUUCUUAAAGAACGGUAACCCCAGCCAAAAGGUUCUUGAAAGAGUCAAGCUUUUCCACACUGACUCCGUUUUUACCGGUAUUUCAGCUCUUGCCCUCAAGACUAAUGCUCCUUCUAUUUUGAAGGCUGAAGCUUUGGAAAACGCUAGCGGUGUUGGUAACAAGCCAAAGAAGGGUGUCUCCAGAUGUUUUGGUUCUGACUAAAACGUCCCUGUUGAAAAGGCUGUCUGUGCCAACUCUUCUGCUGUUAGAGAAUGGGACUCCAAUGGUACUGUCUUCGGUUACAACGAAACUCAAGCUACCAACAGAGCUGGUGAAUUCGGUCACAACGAUUUCUACCCUGCUGUCUUAGCUGCUGCCCACUAAAAUGCUGCCAUUAACGGUAAAACCGUCCUCAAGGCUAUGGUCUUACAAGAUGAAAUCAGAGGUAGAUUAUGUGAAGCUUUCUCUUUGAAGUCUUACAAGAUUGAUCACGUCGUUCACGGUGCUAUCGCUACCAUCUGCACCUAUGGUGCUUUGAUGGGUGCUACUCCCCUCUAAAUGGAACACGCUAUUGGUAUGUUCUGUGCUCACUACAUCCCCUUCAGAGCUAUCAGAGCUGGUAAGCAAUUAUCUGAUUCCAAGGGUGCCUCUGCUGCUAUCUCUACUGAAGCUGCCCUUAUGUGCAUCAAGAGAGCUAUGAACGGAUUCAUUGGUCCUAAGGAUAUUUUCAGAAACCCUGAAGCUAUCUUCAGACUCAAUGAACCCACCAAUGGUGACUCUCCUUUCGAUAUCUUUGUUUCCGACGGUGGUGAUGACUUCGCUGUUAUGGGUAUGCACUUCAAGUUAGGUUUAUAUGAACAUUAAUCUGCUGGUGCCUUGGAAGGUCUCCAAAGAUUGAUCUUCGAAAACAAGUUCUUAAAGCACAACGAAUUCGAUAGCAUUUCUAAGAUUAAGAUUAUUGCUUACGAACCUGCCUUCGGUAUCAUUGGUGAUCCCGCCAAGAGAAAGUGCUAGACCAGACAAUCUGCUGAUCACUCCAUGGUCUACAUUGUUUCUACCAUGUUGAGAAAGGCCAUCCAAGACAAGACUUUCGUUGACUCUUUGAGCUCUUACAAGUCUUUGGAUGAAGUCUGGAAGAGACUUAUUUUAUUACCUGACGACUACUCUCAAAAGGCUAUUUUCGAUCCCGUCACCAAGAAGUUGAUGGACUUAAUGGAAUUCGAACAUGGUGGUAAGGAAUACGAUAGCAAAUAUCCUGAAGGUAUCCCCACUACUAUUCAAAUCACCCUUAAGGAUGGCAGAACUUUCGAUUCUAAGCUUGUUAUGUUCCCCUCUGGUCAUGCUAAGAACACUGCUUGCGACCUUAGAGGUAUUUUGGAAAACAAGUUCAAGCUCCUUGGUAAACUUGCUCUUGCUGAAAACGAAAUCCAACCCAUGAUUGAAAGAUUAAUGAACUUAGAUAACUUAUCUAAUGCUGAACUCCAACUUCUUUACAACUGCAAUAUUAGAUACAGCCAAAAGUCUGUUGAUGAUCCCGAUUACUGA